AUGCUCUUCACCAAGCUCUCCGCCCUCACAGCCCUCCAGCUCCUCUCCCUCCCCGGUGCCCAAGCCCAAACCAACACCAACGCUUCCGCGCCCACCACGGUCCCAUCCUUCACCUGCAACCCCGGCUACCCCGUCUCCUCCGCCGAGCAGUCCAUAAUCUUUACAAACUUCCUCCGCAAGUUUUACAUCGAAAAGGACGUCUACCACGCGGGGAGGGAGCACAUCCUCCUCAACGCAAUCAACCACAACCCCAACGUCAACGGCGACCGCGACGCCAGCCUGGCCUGGGUUGCGCCCCUCAUCGCCGAGUGGAAUGUGACUAUCACCAACACCGGGUUCGCGGAUAACGUCGGGUGGAGCCAUGUGAAGGUGGAGGGACCCGGGAUGGGGCGGUAUAUUGUUGCUGUUGAUAUCUGGCGGUUCGAGGGCGGGUGUAUUGCUGAGCAUUGGGAUGCGUUGCAGGUUGCGCCGCCGGCAAAUAGGACGAACCCGUUGGAGUUGAUUUGA